AUGAAAGAAUUGGCUCUACCUUUAAAAGGAUACAUGGAAAGUUUUCGUAGGAAAAUACCCUCUAAGUACGAAGAGGGAAAAGUUGAUGUCCUGAGGAAGAAUGUGUUAUCUGGCGGAAAGGAACAUGCUUCUCUCUGUGCUAAGGCAUUGAAAGAGCGAGAAGUAGAAGAACGCUUGAACAAAGUUGUGGAGAAGCUUGAAUUGGUAUUCCAGCUACAAGGAAUGACUAAGUCUAAAUUUUCUUACGAUCUUCUUCAUCUUGAUGGUCUGUUUGCAUAUGAGAGCCAAAGGUGUGAGAUGAAUAAUGUAAUGCUUAAAAUGGAAGCUGCAACGGUGCUGAUUCAGACGAGAAUUGGUUGGGUUACGGAGAAGAAGAUCAGAGACAGAGAAACACUUUUCAUUUCUUUGAUCAAGCUUUUGCUUCUCUUCAAUGGCGUAUAA